AUGGCACACAUGGAUCGAUUUGGCAUCAAAAUAUCCAGGUGUAAUAAAUCGAACAUUAUCUAGUUUAGCUAAUCUGUUAAUUAACUAUCCAGUUAAAAUUCAGGAUCAUUUACAGUUGACCAUUGAUUACUAUUUGACAUAUUCUACAUUACCAAAAUUAGAACAAGUGAAAGAAUUUCGAAUUAAACAACAAAACCAAAUACAACAAGAGCAACGACGACGACGUACGAUUGAGAAGCGAUUAAUGAUACCUGGUAUAGAUAUAGUUGGCUGUGGUUAUGAUAUAUUUACAUUACAAAGUAAAACAUGUCUUUUUGAUUUGACAGUGAAUGAUAACAGUAUAUGGAUUGAUGCAUUUAAUAAUUUUACAACAUAUAAAGUGCCUGAUAACUUUUUUGUACUAAAUACACGUGAUACAACAUCAACGUAUAAAACGUCAUUUUAUGAUAGAUUUCAAGAAUUUUGGCAAAAUUCAAUUUAUGUUAUGACUAACGAUUGGGAUCUGUUCUUUGGUUUUGCAGCAUCACAUACACGAACUGAAAUCAUUCAGAAGUAUCAUCAAUUUUUUAAAUAUCAUUCUCAUAUGGCAUGGACACGACAACAAAUCACGUCUUACACGUUGGCUAUAAGUGAUUUUCCAACACCGAACUUAAGUGAAUUAACGCGAUUAGCAAUAAACAAUUUACCGUUCACAUUCAAUUCCAGAUCAGUACGAAACUUAGCUAAAUGGAAAUCUUUUUUUAAUUCAUACGGUACACAUUAUGUUACUCGUUCUGAAAUGGGCGGACUUAUGUCAUCUGAAACAUAUUUUGAAUCAUGUUUAUUAAUUAGAUACAAUGAAACAUGGAUUAAAACACAAUCCGAAAAACGUUUUCUAUGGUUUUUUAAAGUAACUGAUAACAGUGAAUCAUAUACAUCAUAUAUUGAUAAAAUAUUUCAACAGUAUACAAGACCUCGAUUUACAUUGAUCGGUGGUUUACAACAACAAUCCGAUUUAGGAGGACCACAUUUCAAAUUAGAUCAGUGGCUUUAUACAAUUAAAGACUACCCACAACCUGUCUCUUAUCAUUUACAACCAGUUUAUACAUUACUAGCAGAUGACGAUCCUCGAUAUGAUGCAUUAAAAGAAGCUACAUUCUAUUGUCGUUCUUUAGCGGUAAAUGAAACGAAUAUUUUUAUUCAACAAUUACAGACAGCCGAUAAAUCAGCGUCAUGUCAAAACUUACCUGAAAAUUACUAA